AUGUCCAUGACCGUCGAGGACUGCACGAGGGUCCGGCCCGGCUUCCCGCGGCCUGUGCCCGACACGCCGAACAAUGUGCUGCAGCAGUUCCAGAUGAAGGGCAAAGUGGUGGUGGUCACUGGUGCGGCGGACGGGAUUGGAUUCGCUGUUGCGGAGGGCAUGGCUGAGGCUGGGGCGGACGUGGCUAUGUGGUAUAAUUCGAACGAUGCGGCUGUUGAGAGAGCAAAGGGGCUUGGGGCGAUGCAUAACGUCAGGGCUGUUGCGUAUCAAGUUGACGUUUCCGAGGCGGAGCAGGUGAAGAGUGGUAUUGAGAGGGUGGUUGGGGAGUUUGGCAAGAUUGAUGUCUUUGUUGCGAAUGCGGGAAUGUCAAUCUCGAAGCCGAUAUUGGAACAGACGCUGGAGGAGUAUCAGAAGCAAAUGUCUGUCAACGUGGACGGAGUCGUCUUCUGCUCCAAGUACAUUGGCGCAGUCUUCAAGUCGCAAGGCCACGGCAACCUCAUCAUCACGUCGAGCAUGUCGGCGCACAUUGUCAACGUGCCCGUCGACCAGCCCGUGUACAACGCGACCAAGGCGUUCGUCACGCACUUUGGCAAGUCGCUCGCGCGGGAGUGGCGCGAGUUUGCGCGCGUCAACGUCGUCUCGCCGGGCUUCUUCGACACCAAGAUGGGCGCGGGCGAGCUGGCGCUGCAGGAGGCGUAUCGCAUGGCGGCGCUGGGGAGGCAGGGGCAUGUCAAGGAGAUUAAGGGGGUGUAUUUGUACUUGGGGAGCGAGGCGUCGAGCUUCAUGACGGGGAGUGAUGUUUUGAUCGAUGGGGGGUAUGUGCUUCCUUGA